GGAGUUCCUGAGGGUGCAGGGAGGGGAGAAGAUAGCCAUAGCACGGGAUGCUCCAAAAACCACUGCUGGUGACACAGCUGGCGUACUGGCUGCUGGGGAAAGCUCUGUGCAGAGGCACUGGCUGCUCCAAAACAUCUUGGUCUCAAGUGCUCAGGUGACAUGGGGCACCUCACCUCUUUCCGGGUGCACACAAGGGACUAGGCGGAUAGAGGCAGGUAAGAGGAAUCUACAUCCCAGGAGACAAGAGCUGGUUGCUAUUACAGCCCCUCCAGCUAUAAAAUGUCAUAAACCACCAGGGCCUGAACUGACAGGCAGAGACACGCUGUGCAGAGGGAACCCCAAGGAAAAGGGAAAACAGAUUUCUCCACAGUUCCCACAGUGGCAAAGCUGGCAACGUUGCUGCUAUGAAACCCUUUUGAUUCCCAUGGCUCAUGUUCUGCUUCACUGCUGUUGACAGAAAAUCAGCCCUAGGCUCUGGCAGGAGGGAAGAGAUGAGCACAGGAGGGUCUGCAGCUCAGGAGUCUCAGCAGUGAGCUUGAGCAUGGAUUUCAGCUGGUAGAGGAGGAGGAGAAGGAGGAAGAGAAGGAGUGUGCCCAAUGCGUGGCAGAGAGAUGGUGACAGCCAGGCCCUGCAGGAGGGAGCUGUAAAAGAUGAAUCUCAAGCGCUUGUUGCUUCUCAUUCCCUUUCCCAUGCCUGGUUUCUCUGCGGGGCUUCAGAGCCACUCAGCCAAGCAGCCAGAGCAGGGCUGGCAGUGGCAGGAGCAGGGACGUGGGGUUUGUGCCGACAGAGGAGAGGCAAGCGCUGGGGGGAGAGCGGCCGCUAGCUUUGCUGCUCAAAGCUUAAUGCCCUAAGAGCCCAGCUGACUCCUGCUCAGAAGCAAAGGGAAAGCACAAGCACUCGGGACAGCCGGGCACCCGACGAUGCUGCGUUUCCCCAAACCAUGAUGGGACAAAGGUUCAGGAAAUGCAUCACCCUUUGCCUGCUGCCCUGGAGCUGCCUGAGUUUUGCCUGGAGUGGUGCCGCUGGGACUGGGACCAUCUCGCCUGGAGCAGGACACGUCAGAAAGGGGCUGCCCAAAGACGCUGCCAACGGGACGUACGUGCACAGCAACAUCUCAGCACUGUGCACGGCUCUUGCCCCUCCACGCUAUGGAUACUACUACGUGGACAGAGGCUCAGGCAUCUCCUUGGGCUCAGUCCUUGUGUAUUGGUGCCAGGAGGGGUACCAGCUGGUGGGCAGUGAGAGGCUCUCCUGCCUCCGCCGGGAGAGCAUCUCAUCCUGGAGCCACCCCCCGCCCCACUGCCAGGCCGCCCCGCAGCCCCCGGGUCCCGGCUCCCGCGCUGCGGUGGCCGCUUCGCUGCUGAGCGGAGCCAUCAUCCUGGCUCUGUCCAUCUCAUUCGCCGUCUGCUGCUGGCGGGAGAGGGCGAGGAGGAGCCGCGGGGGACAGCAGCAUAGGAGAAAAGUCAGAGGAGGACGGAAACGCAACCCCUCCACCCCUGAGAGGGGCAGGAACGCUUUUGGGAGGCUGAAGCACUACCACCGGCGCGACUACCACCUCUCCGCCCUCUCCAGCUCCGUGUUCCCGGGGGCCUUCGCAGGCUGCAAUAACCUGGCUUUCCAAAGGAGCUCCGAAAACCCGCCAAAGCUUCCCCUGCAGAGCUGGCACCCCAAAGCACAGGUCUUGCCCCAGCUGGUGUUCCAGCCAGGUUCAUCGCCCAUCACCGCCCUGCCCAGCCAGCCGCCCCACAGCCUGCUGCUGCCUGACAUGCCCUGCCCUGCCGACCUCCCCGGGGACCUGCUCCCUCUCUACUACAGAAGCCAUGAGGAACAUAAGCUCUUCACCAAGUUCAAGAGGCCAGUUUGAAAGUUUAAACUGCCAUUCAACUUUUUUUUCCUUUUUUUUUUUUAAACACCAUCAAUUCCUUAAAACUCUGCAGAGCCUCAAGAAAGAAUUUCACAAGAACCAAUUACUUCACCUGGGCUUUCAAACAGAGAAAAUUUGACACUUCAUGUUGAAAGGCUUUUUUAAUAUAAUCCCUUUAUUUCCAUCCCCAUGUCUAGAAGCGCACAUUUCAAACAGGAGUUCCGGGGUUAAAAGCUUCUUAAUUGAUCAUUUUGGUGAGAGGCAUAAGGCCAAGUUUGAGCAGCUCCAGCUUAACCUACAGACUGAGCAUGUGCAGACUUUCAGGUUUUAAACACAAGAGUCUGAUUUUCUCUUAGUGGCUCUUUUAAAGGCUGAAAGACAGCCAGUUACCAAGAACAAGGAAUCUAUGUCAUUAGAUAAUUGGAAGCAUUUACAAUUCAUUGCACUUGAAUGUAGGCUGAGAUUUAAAGAUUUGUUGUUGUUGUUCAGAACUUGAUAUAUCCUCCCAUUUCUACACAGACAACCUUAGACUUGCAAGGUGCAGUGACAAGCAUGCAAAGGCAGCCAGUCAGGAGGAAAACAGGAUCUGUAUCUUUAAUACAAAGGACCUAGCACAUUUAAAAACAAAACAAAAACAAAACAAAAAACACAAACCAAACGAAAACACGCAAAUAACACCACCACCCCAUAAAAACCCCCAAACAAACAAAACCCACAAACCAGCAAACCCUUGGGUUAUUUAAUCCCUUCUCUCUGCAUCAGAAAUUCACAUCAGGUACACCGGGACCUACAGCAGUGCCCCAAGAGCUCGCCUAAGCACGAUAAUUUGCAUUCAGAAAGCAAUGACACCAAUAUUCCUGUCCAGGAUUUCCUGGGUGGAAAUACAGGGAUGUGUUCCAUGCAGCACCUGGCCAAGCAGCUUCAGGACACCUCGGCCCCUGUUUGCACAGCAGGACAUACCUACACCUGCAUAGCACACCUGGCGCAGUCUGGGCACGCAGGGCUCGCUGAGUAACAUGGCAUCACAUGUGCACAGAGAAGCUGUUUGCAUCUCACGAGGUGUUAUGGUGUUAGUCAGAAGAGGUGUUGGCAGCCCCAAAAGCUACUGCACACAUGGGGUGGGGAGUAAGAAUGAGCAGCCAGGACGUGAACCCUCAGCAUCACCUGCCAUCCAGUGCCCAAGGAUGCAAACUGCGAUACUCAGACAAUCUUGCUACAAAGGCCGUGAGUUUCAGUUUGCUGACUUCUUUCCUUGAAAUGAGAUGCAAAUGUUGACAGAAAUGAAGCCUUACAAGAUGCAAGGUAGCACAUCUUUGCGAUAAGUCGAGACCUGCUAGUGGAUGUCUGGGAACCAUGGCUGCUUCUCCGUGGAAAGAAGGCUAAGGACACUUUUUCCUAUUCAUCAUCAUAAUAAUAAUAAAGGAAUCUUUCCCUAUUCCA